AUGUCAACGUCUACUAUUUUGCGUGUAAAACGCCGGCUUGAUGAAAACCCGCAAGAUGCUUUAGUACUUGUUUGUAAACGAAUGAAAACGGAUAAGGACGAAAUAUCCCCCUCACUGUUUGUAUUCAGAGGAAGCGUUGAAAACCAGGAAAAUACACAUGUAAAGAAUAUAGUACCGCAAAACAUCCCAUUAAAGCAUUCAACGAGUGUGAGCAACAUCAUUCAGAAGAUACGCAAGGAAAGAAAAGAUGUUGCCAAUGAGAGUCGUUAUGAAAUCGUGAAUUGUAGCCGCGGCCUGACCCAGUGUAAUUCUGAGAACUAUGAUCUGGUUGAUUUGGAGAAGAAAGAUGGGAAACAAGAUGCAGAGUAUACUUACGACCUGUAUACACCGGCCAAAGAGGACUUUGACAUAUCCAUGUUGGAUAAUCUUGUCAGUAUAGAGGAUUACAAAACGGAUCUCGUAUUUGGUACAUAUCGGGAUGGUGAUAACGCGGACUCAGAUGAAGACAGCGAAGACUCCAACGCUGAGAAUGACUGGAGGAAUGAAUACCCUGACUCAGACCCCAGCAGCAUUGAUGAAGAGGACAUGAUAAAGGCUGUGGAGAACUGUCAUAUAGAAGAUGAUCUGUCGAGUGAUGAGGAGGAGGCACAAAUCUACGACGAACAGCCAGAUCUGUUCAAGGAGGAUGUAAAACGUUACGGAGCGGCGUACGCCAAGUACAAGGCGAAGGUUUUAGCUGAGGGAGAUAUUAGUGACAGUCGGAGCUACGUGCAUUGUACUGUUAAAGAGAUAGACGAUGAUUAUAAAGAUGGUAGCGAUGAUGGGUUCUACUACGGCCAGGAAGAAGACUCGGAACAGUUCAGGGAACAGUACGAUGAGGAUUCUGAUGAAAAGGAGGAUCACGAAGUAGAUUUGGACGAAUAUAACCCUGAUUGA